GUGUAUCUCUGUGCUGUGGCUGUUUACACUCGGUUCCCAUACCAUUUGAACAAUUGUGAAGUUGUGUUUACUAUACCCAGUUCGCCUUCGCUGCUGUUCUUCACCGAAUAGUGUUGCUGUGUAUUGCGAUCGUGGUUCCCCUAUAUCUACCUAUACUUUGUUGUUGUGUCGGUGUGUGAUCGUGUUAUGUGCUGAUUUGCCUUAAAUUUGGAUCGAUUUACCGCUCAUUUUUGAACACAUCAGAUUCAAAGGCCGAAAAAUGAAGCUUAUAAGGAGUACGUGCUGCGGAUGCAGCGUCAAAACCGGAGCUCUCGUCAUUUCUUAUAUUACUUUGAUCCAAGCAGUCGUACCAAUCUUGAACAUAUUGAGCAAUACUGUUCCGGAUAUGAGCUCCGACAAGAAAUUAUCGAACGAGUACAAACGUGAUUUAAUGUGGCUGAGCGUAGUCACCGUUGUGGUGGUAGCCCAUGCAUUAUACGGUAUUUACAAAAAAAAACCCAAAUACAUGGUACCGUUCAUGCUUUACAAAUUGAUCCUCAUAUUCAUCUUCACCAUGAUCUUGGGAUUCGCUCCAGCCAUGGUGGACGAAAUUAAGAAACACUUCGAACAUAUCCGAGAUGAUAACGUUCUGCCUUGUAUUAUUCUCACGUCGUUAUUCUUUUUAGCUGUCGAAGCGUAUUUCUUACUCAUCUUAUUCAGUCAUUACCAAAACGUUCGCCACGAAGCUAUGGAAGCUGAAAAUUCUCGACCUACCUCGUUCUCAGCUACGAUACCCGAACCUGUAACGCCUCCAAUUCCAUCUUAUACCAGCGAAACAUCCAAAAAAAUGGCUCCUCCACCAUACGCUGUCUAAAAAAAAACUUACAACCAGAAGAAUUUUUCCUCCUCAAAACUCUAGAAAAGUUACAUUUUAAGUGCCAUACUAGUUGUUAAAAAUGCAUUUCCUCCCAACUUGAAAACAAUGAAAGAGUACGAAAUAUAUACCAAUAAUCUACCAUCGAUAUAAAUUAUUUUAUUAUCGCAGUAUUUUGGCAGUUCACCGAGCUACAGUGUUUUUACACCUGCAUAUAGUAACCUAACAUCUUUAAAAUUCAAUUUUUCCAACCAACGAGGCGCAUACAUAUAAAAAAGCAACGAAGUGUUAUGGCUUUUCGAUGCAUUACUUUUUAUUAUUAUAUGAAAUUUCACCUAUAUCCUCGAAAAAACCUAACUUUACUGUUUUAUUUUUAAACAAAAUGGUGUAGAAAUUUAUUAUAUAUUAUAGUUCUCGUGUAAAGUUAUCCUACGAGAAAGCAGAUGUUUAUUGUACUUUCAAUAUAAGUACAAGAAGAGUAUUUGACUACACAAUAUUUCGCUAGUCGAAUGUAUAAAUAAAAUUAUAAGUUAUUAUUUUUAUCAGAUACCCUCUUUCUGUUAUUUUAUAUUAUAUGAGCUUUAGUGGUACGUAUUUUUUAAGUAUUUAAAUCGCACAAUGUAUUACUUUAUACAUUUUUUUUUUUUUUUUUUGUAUUUUAUCGAUGAUUUAUGUGUAUUUAUUCGAAGAUACACCAUUAUAUAUGUAAUGUUUUUUGCGGUAUACUUACCUACCUUAUAUUUUAUCAUUUACUAUUCCAAAGUCGCGUACCUAUUGUAUGGUAUUUUACAUUUAUUGUGUAUUUUCAAUUAAAUUAUUUUAAUUAUU